GGCCAUUGCCAGGUUUUGAAAUCAAAACAAGAACACGUUUUCUUGUUUACAGUGUUAUUGUGUCUUUAUUUUUCCAAAUAAUUUCCGGAUAUCACACCUUCCGCAGAAGCUACCGUAGUGUUUAACUUAUAGUGUAACUACAAGUCAAGAAGUAUUAAAAGUUUAAAUUGACCUAAACCACAUAAAAGGUCGAAUUUUUUGGUAAAAUGCCUAAGAAGAAGUUUAUCGACAAGAAGAAGGCAAUCACCUUUCAGGUGGUCCAUAGAAGUCAAAAGGACCCUUUAGCAGCAGACGAGGAUGCUCCUCAACGGGUCCUCAUGCCCAUGGCAGGCAAAAGUGCCAAGCCUGAAGAAGUUGAAAAGAGAAUGGAGGAGCAGCGACAAUUUGGAAUUUUCUUUGACGACGAAUACAACUACAUGCAGCACAUCAAGUCGGUUGACGACCACGAUGUUGAACUUCAGCCUGUCGAGAGAAUCAGAAUCGAGUCUGGGAAGCUGAAUCCUCCUGGUUCAUCUUCAAAAGUCUCCCAUUCCACCUCAAGCGGCCAGACGGUUCAGCUGCCAGCCAACGUUUUUGCCUCCGAGGCUGAAGAAGAGGUUGGUUUGCUCAACAAGGCAGCGCCCAUGGGCCUUCGACUAGACGUGGACCCAGAAAUUGUUGCUGCGAUGGACGAAGACUUUGACUUUGACGAUCCAGAAAAUGAGCUGGAGGACAACUUCAUGGAAUUAGCCAAUGCUGAAGGGGGAGAUUUUGAAGAGGAUGACGAGGACGAGUGGUCAGAUACUGGGGACACAGAUUCCGACGACUACAAUACCUCCGACAUGGAGGACAGUGUUCCCAGCUUGAAGGAGUCGCAAUUUAAAAAUGCAGAUGCCAAGUCGAGCAGAUUUACCGAGUAUUCCAUGAGCAGCUCUGUAAUUAGAAGGAACGAGCAGCUCACACUUCUCGACGAUAGAUUUGAACAUAUGAUGUCUGGUUAUGACGAAAAUGAAAUUGGAGCUCUUGACUGUGAUGAGAUCGAAGGGACCCUUCCCGUGGACUCGGAAAUUGUGAUGCGGUGUGCUGACGAGUUUGAAAAGCAGACGAAUGCCAGUCUUAUUAAAGAGCAAACCAAGCAGUUGGCCACUCAGCAGGAAUCAGACGAGGAGGAAAUGAUCAACUUGAAAGUGGAGGCCAGGACUAGGGAAAAGUGGGACUGCGAGUCAAUUUUAUCCACUUACUCGAACAUUUACAACCACCCCAAAUUAAUUCCAAGGGAGAAGUCUGAUAAUAAUAAAAUUAAAAUCUCAUCAAAAACUGGAAUGCCAAUUGGAGUGCUUGGCAAAGGCUUGACUGCAAGGGCGUUGGCAACUUUGGAUGCUGAAAACGACAAAGUGUCAAGGGAUGAUGAAGAAAUGUCGGCAGCAGUAUCAAUUUUGUCUACCUUGUCCGUGAGGCCAAAGAAUGAAACCUCCGAGGAGAGGAUUGCGAGAAAACAUGCACUCAAAGAGUACAGAAAAGAGCGGAGAAUUGAAAGGAAAGCAAACAAAUUAGCCUUUAAGGAGGAGACAAAGAUGCAGCAUAAACUUCUAGUACACAACAAAGCAAGCAGUAAUGCUGUCAAAAUUGUUUAAAAGGGUUUAUUAAAUAUAAUUCUAUACAUAAAUAAUAA